AUGAGUGACGACGAUGGAUUAUUGCUAAACUUUGCGAUACCCGAUGCAAGUGAUAGCAGUACUACGCCUGUUACUAAAAAUUUCAAAGUAAAAGGUGGUCGAUGGAAAGACCGCAGAAAGUUGCAAUUAUCUUUACAAGGAAGAACAAAGGAGAAAAAGGUCAAGGGUGUCAACAGUAUCGGGAUUGAGAAACCACGAUUACCGAAACGAAAACCAGAUGAAGAUACAAGACCGAAAGCAAAUGAAUCUGUCCCGAGCGAAUUUAAGAGAGCCAAAUUUCCUGAAACUAAAGGACAAUCAGGCGGAAAGAAUAACUCAUAUGUGUCAUCUUUAUUCACCAAUAAUGAAACUGCAGUGCAGACAGUAACCGAAACAAAACCUGGCAAUGAAGAGAAAACCUACUUGCCGUCAAACGCUCCGGUUAAAGGUGCAACUACGUUCCUUGGGCUUGGAAUCAACGAAAAGCUAUCUAUUCAUCUCACAGAACACCAAAGAUUCAAAUACCCAACAAAGAUCCAAAAGCUAGUCGUACCGAACCUUUUAACGACUCAGCGCGAUUUAUUUGUGAAAGCACAGACUGGGUCUGGUAAAACUAUGGCUUUCAUAUUACCUAUAUUUCACAAAUUGAUGAUGGAGAAUAAGCACAAAAUUACAAGAGAUUCAGGAGUAUUUGCUAUCAUUUUGACACCUACAAGGGAGCUUGCUAAUCAGAUCUAUUCAGUGUUGGAAAGUUUAACUCGAUGUUAUCACACUUUAGUUCCUGGAAUUGUGAUUGGAGGUGAAAAGAAGAAAAGUGAAAAAGCCAGAUUGAGAAAGGGGGUGAAUAUAUUGGUGGCUACACCAGGUCGACUAGCUGAUCACUUGGAGAACACAAAGUCCUUGGAUAUUAGCCAAUUGAGGUAUUUGGUUCUUGACGAAGGUGAUAAAUUAGUAGAGUUGGGAUUUGAAGAGACUAUAUCAAAGAUCACAAGAAUUAUCGAUCAGAGUUCAAAAAUUGCUGAGACUGUUGAUAAAUGGCAAGGAUUACCCACAAGGAGAAUAAACAUGUUGUGUUCGGCUACCUUGCAAAACAAUGUGAAGCAAUUGGGAAGUAUAAUACUUCAAGACCCUGAAAUGAUAUCUGUAGAUAGAGAGGUUGAGGGUACUAUCUUGUUUGAUGAUGAUGUUGAUGGAGAAGCCACUGGUAAUUCCAAUGAGCAUGAAUCCUUUGCGCCAGAUCAAUUGAUUCAAGAUGUAUUGAUUGUGCCACCAAAGUUAAGAUUAGUAACUCUCGAUGCAUGUCUUGUCAACAUUGCCAAAAAGAUUGAACAGAACAAUGCUCCAUCUAGAAGCAUGGUUUUCUAUUCAUGCUCCGAUUCCGUCAACUAUCACUUUGAUGUGUUUACUAGAGAUGGUAAAAAACUCAAAAAAGUGAAGGAUGAUGAAACAGGAGAAGUUAGGACUAUCUUGGUUUCUCCUGAGGAUAGCACUGAUGAAAACGAUGUGGACGAUUCUGAGUUGACAGCUCCGAUCAUCCAUGACAACACAACAAUUUAUAAACUUCAUGGAUCCUUAUCGCAGCAAAUAAGAACUUCAAUUUUGCAGCAAUUCAUAAAGGACGAUCUGAGAUUCCCACACAAGGUUCUCUUUUGUACAGAUGUUGCAUCAAGAGGGUUAGAUUUACCUAAAAUUGCCAACGUCAUUGAAUAUGAUGCACCCUUCACUAUUGAUGAUCAUUUACAUAGAAUUGGUAGAUCAGCAAGAGUAGGUAACAAAGGUGAAGCUACAUUAUUUUUAUUGCCAGGUUUAGAAGAGGGUUACAUCGAUGCCAAAUUGAAAGUUGUACAUCCACGUGAAGAAAACUUGCGAAUCACAAACUAUGAAAAGGUUCUACAACAAGCAUUUUCUGAAAAGAAUGCAACUGGUAAAAACAAACAUGAUAAAUUGGGAAACUGGGAUAUCCAUGCCACAACGUGGCAUUUGGAAGUAGAAAGAUGGCUUUUGGAGGAUUCAGCAGCAUUAUCAAAGGCAAGUCUUGCGUUUACAUCACAUAUUAGGGCAUAUGCAACUCAUUUAUCACAAGAGAGAAAUUUUUUUAAUGUGAAGUUGUUACAUUUGGGUCAUUUAGCGAAAAGUUUUGGUUUGAGAGAAACGCCAAAAAAUUUGGGUAAAAAAUCGGGGAAGAAUAGUGAUAAGCAUCUUGAAGGUAUAGAUGGAGGUUCGAGAAGAGUGAAGAAAGAGGAUCCAAGGAAAAAAAUGUUGAGAAUGGCGAAAUUGGCAGUCAAAUCGAAUAACGAGUUCAACUACUAG